CUCCUGGUGCUGAUGGCGGCGCCGAGCAGCGAGGAGGCCGGGACGGCCGAGGAGCAGGCGGCGCGGGGCUGGGGCGACGAGAAGUGCCACUUCUACGCGGGGGGCGAGGUGUACCCCGGGGAGGCGCUGCGGAUGCCCCUCUCCGACCACUCCCUCCACCUCAGCAAGGCCAAGAUUUCUAAACCAGCACCUGAUUGGGAAGGAACAGCAGUCAUCAAUGGAGAGUUUAAAGAACUGAAGUUAUCAAAUUAUGAAGGAAAAUACCUUGUAUUCUUCUUUUACCCUCUUGACUUCACAUUUGUGUGUCCAACAGAGAUACUUGCCUUCAGUGACAGGAUUGAAGAAUUCAGAGCAAUAAACACUGAAGUGGUAGCUUGUUCAGUUGAUUCACAGUUCACUCAUUUAGCAUGGAUCAAUACUCCACGAAAAAAAGGAGGGCUUGGACCAAUAAAGAUACCACUCCUUUCAGAUCUGACACACCAGAUUGCAAAGGAUUAUGGAGUUUAUCUGGAAGAUCAAGGCCAUGCUCUCAGAGGCCUUUUCAUUAUUGAUGAUAAGAAAUUUCUUCGACAAAUAACACUGAAUGACCUACCUGUUGGCAGAUCUGUGGAUGAAACUCUUCGUCUAUGUCAAGCAUUCCAAUAUACUGACAAACAUGGAGAAGUAUGCCCUGCUGGUUGGAAACCUGGCAGUGAAACAAUAAUUCCAGAUCCUGCAGGAAAACUGAAGUAUUUUGGGAAAUUUAACUAAUUGUUUAUUCUAAAUUCAUAACUAAGAAGCUGCCAGUAAAGUUCAGUUAAUUUUGA